CGUUUUUCCACAUUUACGAAAAUCACCGCGUUUUUUGGCGGUGUUUGAAUCUCGUUUUGGCUGAAACUACUAAAAUAAGCCUAUUUUGAAAGUCCUCCGUAUAGGUAUUUUGUACUGCGCUUCGUAAUAAUGCCGUUGUCGGGCGCCCUUGCUUUACAGUUGUCCUGUUCGAGUCAGGUUCUCUUCCCUUCAAUGGAGGACUGUGAAAAGCAAGACCGGAUGAAAAAUCGGAACACCUCAAAGAAAAAUAAAUCCUUCCUUUGCUUCCAAACUCUUCUCUAGCUGAAGAAAAAAGAAAUCUUCUCUAGCUUUCUGAGAACCUCAAGGGUUUAUUUAUCAUGAUUAUUGUCUUUGGAGCCGGCGACGGAAGCGAGGUCUUUCUGAGCGUUUGAAGGAUCGCAAUUUUCUAGAUUUUCAUUUGCGCUGGAGAAAUUCUGCAGUGGAUUACAUCUUUCGGAAAAAAUUGUUGGCAUUUUCUGGAUGAUCCGCAGAUCUUUUCCAAGGAGUGCCCUCAAGAUUGGACUUUUAGGGCUUGGCAAAGCAGAGCAAAGAUUGGAGUUUUAGGGCCUGAGAUGACGGGUCAGGUGGUGGAUUGUGCGGGUGUGGACCAGGAUCAGGAGCAGGUGAGAAGCAGCAAUAGUAAGAGCUGUAAAAGAGGCCGGUCAUCCCUAAUUGAAAUUGAGGCGGAGGCAGGUGGAACCUCCGACUCAUCGAUAACUGGUACUAAACCCGAGCCGGGUGAGGGUAUUGAUGCGGCGGAUGGAGGAGAUAUUUCAUCGGAUCAUAAGAUCUUUGGCUUCUCUCUGAGAGACAAUGUGGCUGUGGCCGGUGUGAGCGAAGCGAAGAACUUGUUGAGUACCGAGGAAAAACAACACAGGCCGGUCUAUGUGACCCGGCAGCUCCUCCCAGUUAACGGGGUGGAACUGGGUGAGCAAGGUACGGGUCCAGGGGUGGAGGCGGGUGCCCGUGCUGUGAAGAAAAGCAGGCGAGGGCCGAGGUCCAGAAGCUCGCAGUACCGUGGGGUGACCUUUUACAGACGUACAGGCCGGUGGGAGUCCCAUAUAUGGGACUGCAGAAAGCAAAUCUAUCUAGGUGGCUUUGACACCGCUCAUGCAGCUGCGAGAGCCUACGACAGAGCGGCCAUUAAGUUUCGUGGUGUUGAAGCUGAUAUCAAUUUUGUUCUCAGUGAUUACGAAGAAGAAAUGGGCCAGGUGAGCAACUUCUCAAAAGAAGAAUAUGUGCAUAUUCUUCGUCGACAAAGCACUGGUUUCUCACGUGGAAGUUCCAAGUAUAGAGGCGUUACUCUUCAUAAGUGUGGCAAAUGGGAAGCUAGAAUGGGACAAUUCCAUGGGAAAAACAGGUAUAUAUAUUUGGGGUUGUUUGACAGCGAAGAGGAAGCUGCGAGGGCAUAUGAUAAGCAAGCCAUCAAAUGCAGUGGGAAAGAAGCAGUAACAAACUUUGAUCCAAGUUUAUAUGGAUCUGAAGAUUUCGAUGAAAAAAAAGAGGACCCAAAUUCUACAGGUGGUUACCAGGAUUUGGAGCUUGGCCUUGGCAUUGCUGCUCAUAGAACUACGCCCACCAAACCAAUGAUGGAAGAGGCAAACUCUGAGAACCGAAGUCAUUUGAAGAUACCCCUCUUGUUUAGACGAGGCAGCAGCUCACAGACGGACAGUGAACUCUCAGAACCGAAGGAAAAACAAUGAGCAUUCAACAUCGUCACGCUUCCCUUGAUAAUAAGGAUGCCUCUAGAUGUAUCAAUUGGCUUGACGGGAGCUAAGGUGAUAAAUUGAUGUUGAAAGAGCUAUAGAUUUACAUACAUGGAGGAUAAAAAAUAUACUAAAUUUUACUCCCUUGGUUUCGUUACAAUAUUGAAUGUUGGCAUGAAAGUCAUAGAUAAUAUUGACAUAAUUCAUAUGUUUAUGCUUGUGUUGGAAUCCACUCUCACCUAUGUUUGAAAUUUUAUAUUAUUUGAAACUUAUGGAGAUGAUGAUGAUGAAUGCUAUAGAUGUUAUAGUGUAGGAGAUUAGUAUCUAACAAUUGAAUUUCAUAGUCACAUAUA